GUUCACAUCACUUCUCUCUGAGCAACGGUUCCUGAUAUCUUGGUGUCAACCAUGCAGGAUCGGUCCAAAGUCUAAGCCGGAGGUCAUCCCUGAGAAGCCAGCGCGCUGCGAGACGAAAUCAGCCUCUGUGUGCAUGACUACUACUUCCUACGGCCUCGAAGAUAAGGGCACGACCACAAUCACCACCACCUCGCGCGUGAUCGAGACGUGCGCAACCAUCUACGGCUGCGCAGUUUCUGACUACGACGAGGCGACGGCAACGGAUGACACUACUUGUUCUCUUGGCCGGAGGACGGCCCCAGCAGCACUUGUUCAUGGCACCACUGCUACCCCUGGCCCCAAUGCACCACAGCCGACGGUGACCAGUAGCCCUGAGCUCGUCCACGAGUCUUUGGACACCCGGUCAGAUGCCCUUAUCCAUCUGAGCCGACGUGUCGACGAGAAUAACCCGGCCGCCUGGGGCGACGAUAUCAGGCUCGCGACCGAGUGGUUCUGUAGCAGGAACGAUGUCAUCAUCUUUGCCAAAAGUGUGUGGGACUUUGAUGGUGACACUAAGGCGCUGGCCGACCGACUGGAAAAGUUGAAGAACGGACAGACACGGGUGAAAGUCGUGAGGGCACAGUCCACCAAGAGGGAACUUACGGCAUUCUGGUACGUCUCAGGGCUGCCCACGGGCCUGCACGCCAAGCUGUUGCAGAUGAAAGCGGUUGAGGUAAUGUACGACCCGUCGAGCUUCCGAACGAGGGCAUGGUAUCCCGGCACUGGCAUGGAUAUCAUACAAGCACGAAGUGUAGAUGACGAUGAGGGAGACUUGAUCGCCGAGGAAGAAGAAGAAGAGCCGGUCGUAGGCCCUGGGAUCGCAAAGAGGCUGGUGACUCAGUACACGGACUGGGCCAACUCCCACAUCUCGACCCCUCCCGAAGCGGACGACUGGGCCACCAACACCGACUUCACCGUCAAUCCAGGCGCGAGCCAGGACAACUCCCUGCACAAGUACUAUUUCCACGAGUCGGCGGGCCAACAACAAUACAUAUACGUUGUUGAGUCGUGCGUCGACACGAAGCAUCCCGAGUUCAUUGGCAUCCGGGUGGCCAGUCCUCUCAAGACGCAGAACUGGGGCCUCGGGUACACCGACGACUGCGUCCACGGCACUGCUGUCUCUGCCCUUGCGGUGGGCCAGAACCUCGGCGUGGCGCGCAGGGCGAUCCUGGUGCCGGUGCACACAGGCACUGCCUUUGAGCGCAACUCGGACCCGGCCGAGCGCUACCUCGAGGCACUCGUUCUCGUGCUCGACGACAUCCUGGACACUAACAUCCCCAAGGAGGGCAAAGCCGUCGUCAGCAUGUCGUGGCAGAUCGGAGCUGGAAGCGUGCCCAAGGCCUACGGGCGGGUCAUGCGGACCGUUCUCGAGGAGAUUGCGAGCGAGGGCGUCGUCCUCGUCGCAGCUUCUGGUAAUGGGCGCAAGAAAGGAUUCAACUCGGACGGCGGCUACCCCCAGCGCGUUAUAGGCCAGGGCCAUCUUACUGAGUCGUCUCUGGUCGUCGGAGCUACAGACGGCGCCGCACGCCUGGCAGGAAUUAGUGAGCGCUUCAGCGAUAACAAACUGAACCGCAUCAUCCACGCCCCUGGCGAUAAGCUCAAGGUAGUAGUCGCCGGCGGCUCGCAUAAAUGGAGCUCUGGCACAUCGUACUCGGCGCUAAAGGUAGCUGGUCUUGUGGCCUACUACCGCGGGCUGCCUUCGCGCUAGAAGGACUAGCUUACGGUCGCGAGCAGCGCUAAGCGGCUGGUCAAACUGUUUGAGAGAUCCCUUAUCAUCGACGACGGCCCGUGGAAGGACUAGAACCCGGGUGCCGUCAGCCCUAAGUUCAUCUAGAACGGAUAGGUGCUCGAACAGUUGUGUCUCCUCAACGGCCAAGACCUCCGGUAUAAGGUUCGAUCGGCGGGCGUGUGAGCCGCCCCUAGACAGCCCCGGCGAUGGUAACGACGGAGACGGCAGCGGAAGCGGCGG